CCAACAGGCAGCCCAGCCCUUCGGCCUCUGCAGGCCGAGUCCCCAGGCACCACGCCCACCGCUGGCUCCACGUGAAGCCAAUGUUGGGCCCUAAGCUUCUCCCGAGAUCCCGAAAGCUCGCCCCAGAUCGCGGCGGGGACCGGAAGAGGAAGGAUGUUCGCUGUCGCGGGCGCUCGGGGGCGGGCCUACGCAGCCUCCCUCGGGUCGGCCUUCCAUGGGGCAUUCUGAGCGUCCUGGGAACCAUGGAAACAGGCCACACCCCUGCGAUUUCGGCCCGAGGCUAGGCAGUGCGCAGGCGCAUGCGCCCUUCUGCGCAUGAGCAGUGUUGCCCUAAGUCCUCCAGCCACGGUCUCGGGCGCCAGCUCCGCGGCUGCCGCUGUCACUAUGGCCCAUUACAAAGCCGCAGACUCGAAGCGCGAGCAGUUCCGGAGGUAUUUGGAGAAGUCGGGGGUGCUGGACACGCUGACCAAGGUGUUGGUAGCCUUAUAUGAAGAACCAGAGAAACCUAAUAGUGCUUUGGACUUUUUAAAGCAUCACUUAGGAGCUGCUACCCCAGAAAAUCCAGAAAUAGAGCUGCUUCGUCUAGAAUUGGCAGAAACGAAAGAGAAAUAUGAAGCUAUUGUAGAAGAAAACAAAAAACUGAAAACAAAGCUUGCUCAGUAUGAACCACCUCAGGAGGAGAAGCGUGCUGAAUAGAAUUCUUCUCACUUGAAAAGACAAUGAAAAAUGGUUUUGUAUGACUUGAAUAGUUUGUAUAGUGUAUAAUCUUUUCUGAACAGAUGCUAUAGAACUCUUUUAAUAUGUUAAAAAAAAUCACCUAUCACACUUUAACUGUUCAAACACAUAUUUAGAAUCACCAAUAAAAACUCAAUAUAACUUUCUUUGGGUCUUAAAAGCAGAAGAAUCCAAAGUGAAUCCUGAAAAAAUAAUCUAAACAGCUAUUUAAUUCAUCACCCUAAAGACAUUCUGUUUAUCAGUAUGAUGAAGAAUGAUGGUUCUGGUAAUAUUUUAGCCAAGGAAGUUUAAGAUGGAGUAUUUCUUGGAUUAGUUUAGGAUACAAGCACAGGUAUAAUCAUUUUCGGAAGGAAAGUGACACUGUGUUUCUAUUCUAUAGGCAGCUGGACAGGUGUGUGUGAGAUAAGAUGCUUCUGCAGGGGUUCCUACAAACCUUCUGCUCGUUUAUGUAACGGAACAGAUCUCUCCUCUUUUCCACCACUUGCCUUAGACAACUGUGUGUGUGUGUGUGUGUGUGCCAGUGUGAACUCUGACACCACUCUUUCCUUCUAUGCAAUCAUGCCCUACUUGAUAAAGUCGCCUUGCUUUACUCUGUGUCAGUGGGUCUGAAUUGCACAUUGGCCUUUCUUUGUUACUUUUCAAUUUGCUAUAAUUGUAGUUACCCUGAUUGUCAUUUAUAUAACUUUAAACAGGAUCGUACUCUUCCCCUGCCUUACUUAGUCGCUUAGUUGAGCACAGAACAGAGGCAAUAUAAGACUCUGGAUUCAUGCACAAGCUGGAAGGAGAAGGGCACCGAGCCAGAUAUCACGGGAAAAUAUAGUUUGUGGGUAUAAUAAAAUAGUGCUUUUCCCCCUCAAAGUAGCCUUGGAUUCAUUUGAUCUUCAUUAACCCUGUGAAGUAGGUAGGGCAAGUAUAAGGGGAGGUUGUGUGCUGAAUUUUUACGCCAAAGACUGAUAUUAAUACUUUUUUUUUUCCUUAUUAACUGUAGAAUCUUGGGCACACCAGUCAGCUGCUCUGAGACUCAUUUUCCCAUCUGUUAAAUGAAAAGGUACUAUCCGUGCUGCCUACCUCACAGGGUUGUUGUGAGGUCACAUGAGAAUGUAUAUGAAAGAUUUGUAAAUGGUAAAGCACUAUAUUCUUGUUCGUUAGUCUUUUCUUCUUUCUUUUUGAAGCUCUAUAGUCAGAUGUUUAGUUUUAUUGAUCACUUAUUUUCUGUAUUAAUUGACAUUAUUAAGUAGUUUUAUGUAUUCUCUUCCUGUUGUGGGAAAUUUUUUGAUCAAAACACACAUGAAAAAACGCUCCUGUGACAGCCAAUUUAAUAAGCAAAAACCUAAGCACCAGCAGGACAUUGGGACCAAGUCAAUUAUAAGGACGUUUUAAUCAGUCAUGUUGGCAUGAAUAUGGCAUUGGUCUGUGCCUCCUAAUCACAAGUGUGGCUUUGGAAGGGAGCCAGAUAAUGUUGAAAUAACAUUCACUUGAAUUAGUCUGUGUUUUACCAAUGCAAGUGCCUCCCUACAUGGACAGCAGCGGGCUGGGUGUAAUAAAGAUGAAUAACAGGAAGUUAGCUGUAAGACAUGUACAUAAGCAAUUACAUACAAUGUGGUAUAUAGGAUGUGCUAAACUAUAAUAAUAAUAAAACGUGAUCCUUAUGGGGAUUUUGAAGGAGAGGGAGACCUGUCUUUAAGCAGUUAAUAUGACAGUCCCUUUGUGGAUAUAGACAAGUAGAAAUUUUCCAGGGAGCCAAUCCUCAGUUGUGCUCUCUACCUCUCAUGGAACUAGUAUUAAUGUCAGGUGACUCUUUUGUGCCAUCCUUUUGGACAUAAUGAUAAUGUGGGUUGUGUAAUUAUACUCUCGGUGGAACUGGUCAGUGCUAUGUAAGAAUCCAGGUCAGCCUGGCCUCUGGAGGUCCUUUUCAACAUUUCUGUCAAGGAUUUGGAUAUAGGAAGAUGCUCAAUGGAGUAGAAAAAAGAUCCCAUCCAUUUCUUUCUUGCUCUGCUUUUUGCUUCAGACGCCUUAAACAUGAAGUGAUUUUUAAAAUCUUGCAUAAAAGGUUGUUGUGAAGAUCAAAUUAAAUACCAUGGGUAUAAAACC